AAAGGAGCUGAAGUCUCUCAGAACCAGUUCAGUUCUGUAGCAGCUGCUGUAACUCUCAGCUCUAAAUCCAGCCGAUAGAGAGCGCUGAGCCCGACCUGUCUGACCCUCUGCACCCUGUGGAGUUACUGCAGGACAAAAACACACUUUGACUCAAUUACCUUCUACUGCAGUGCUACUACCAGUGAAGGACCACCUCCAGUCUCUCGUCCAGCCCCUCGUCUACCGGCUGCCAUGUCUAGACUGCCCCUCCUGACCCUACUGCUGCUGCUGUCCACCCAGCUGGCCGCCUCCCUCUUCCUGCCCGACUCUCCAGAGCUGAGGAAGCUUCUGAGCCGCUAUGAGAGUGAGCUGGAGCCCAACAACAGCACGGCCUCUGCCUCCCGCGUCCGCAGGGCCAUCCAGUGGUCAGACCGGGAGGAGAUCCUCGCACUCCACAACAAACUGAGAGAAGGCGUCUACCCCACCGCAUCCAAUAUGGAGUACAUGGUUUGGGAUGAUGAACUGGAGCGUUCUGCUACACACUGGGCUGAGCAGUGUCAGUGGGAACACGGGCCGCAGGACCUGCUAAUGUCUAUUGGACAGAACCUGGCAGUGCACUGGGGCAGGUACCGUUCCCCUGCCUACCACGUCCAGGCCUGGUACGAUGAGGUGAAGGACUACACCUACCCUUACCCUCACGAGUGCAACCCCUGGUGCCCUGAACGCUGCUCUGGACCCAUGUGCACCCACUACACCCAGUUGGUUUGGGCAACAACCAGUCGCGUCGGCUGUGCUGUACACACGUGCUCCCGCAUGAACGUGUGGGGGGAGAUCUGGGAGAAUGCCAUCUACCUCGUGUGCAACUACUCGCCAAAGGGAAACUGGAUCGGAGAAGCUCCUUACGCUCACGGCCGCCCGUGUUCCCAGUGCCCACCGAGCUACGGAGGAGGAUGCAGAGACAACCUCUGCUACAAGGGAGAUCCUGUACGUCCUGAGACUCCAGAAAUGAAUGAGGUGGAGGUGGUCCAAGUUCCAGUACAGCCAAGGACCACUCCCUCCAAACCUGCAGCCAAGCCUAAACCCAAACCGGCAGCGCCCAAGAAGCCCUCAACGCCCAAAGUCAACCGCUCCAACUUCCUGACUCAGAAGAUUAAGUGUGAGACCAAAAUGAGGGAUAAGUGCAAAGGCGCCACCUGCAACAGAUACAAGUGCCCAGCCAACUGCUUGUACAGCACAUCCAAGGUGUUUGGCACAUUGUACUAUGAUGUGCAAUCCAGUAUUUGCCGGGCUGCAAUCCACCAUGGUGUCAUUGAUAACAAUGGUGGUCUGGUGGACAUCGUCAGAAAAGACAACCUUCCCUUCUUUGUUAAAGCAGCAAAGAACGGCGUUGAAUCAUCAAGUAAAUAUAAACCUGGAAAUGCAUUUAUGGUCACCAAAGCUGAAAUAAAAUCUGUGGACUGUUAUUCCACUGUCGCUGAGAUUUGCCCAUACACCACAGACCCGUCGUCCUACUGCCCAAGGGUAUACUGCCCAGCUAACUGCAAGAACCAGCCUUCAUACUGGUCUCCGGUGAUUGGCUCCAGCAUUUAUGCUGAUAAAUCCAGUAUCUGCCGGGCAGCUAUCCACGCCGGAGUGAUCAAAGACGCCGGCGGCUAUGUAGACGUCUUGGCUCUGGAUAAGAGGAAGAGCUACGCUGGCAGCCUGAAGAAUGGCAUUCAGUCUGAGAGCAAAACUCAGACAGAGGGCGGAGCCUUCCGCGUUUUCACUGUCCGGGAGUGAGCGUCAUCGUCUUACAGCAAACCAUCCACUGUUUUAGGGGCUUUAUCUACUCUGGAAGGACAGAACAGUAUCUUCACCACGUCUUCGGACACGUCUUCAAUCUUUUUUUCUUUUUUUUAUAUCUGUCGAUCUGAGAGAAAGAGAGAGAGAGAGAAAGUAGACCUCGUCCUUCCAUAACCAACCAUGGCACCACCACCGUCUUUCAUCCAUACCAGUGAAGAAGCUACACCCUUGAUCUUCAUCAUCUAAACUGCCAUCUGGUUAAAAUAGGAAGGGUUUCUGUUUUUUUUUUUUGUUUUUUGUUUUUUUGUGUGUGCAUUUUUUUUAAUACCACACACAGAUCAUAUAGAGAAAUUAAUUGUGGCAAAAAAAAGGACGAUUUAUCGAUUUAUAACAGCAGUGCUGAUUUUUUUUAUUAUUUUUUUUAUUAUUAUUUUACUGUACAGUUCUUUUUUUUUAUUCAAUCAAAUAAGUCCUGGUACUUUUGGUAUCUAUCGAAAUCCUCAUUUUUUUUUUUACGUAACAUCUUUUAAAUAUAAAUCUUUAAAUAUACAUAAGCGGGAAUGUAUAUGGGUUACACUGUAUUUAAUCAUUUUGUACAGAUGAUCUUGAUCUUUGUUCAGUCCGUGAUUUUUGCGAAUUCCUUUGUAUUCCAGUUUUGGCUUCAUAUCGUGUCUUAUGUUUUAUGUUUUAGGUUUUAUGGCCCUGCUACAGUAUGUUUAUGUGGGCGGCGGUGGUCCUCGUCUAGGCAAAAAGAAAAGUGUGUAUAUAUUACACGGGCUCUGUUCUUGUGGGCAGAGAAACCUUCAGAGAAUAGACAGAUGCUCUGUGUAUGAAGGAGAAAUGGGGGAAGGCAAGCGUCCAAUGAAAAGAGAGCUUUCCUGCCGAACGUUCCUGAACCGUCUUGUAUCAAUAACGUACGAGGUUUCGGAGAAGGUGCGAAAACAAUGAAGCGGCGCUGGGUUCCAGGGGUUGUCAGAGACAUCGAGUGCAUGUAGAGCAAGCAGGGCAUUCACCUGGGUGGCAUGGCCUUUCUCUAGCUUCCAGCAUUCUUCUAGCUCUUUACUGAACCACCGACAUGUGCAACGGCUUGCAAAAGUAUGUGUACCCCUUGAACUUUUUCACCUUUUAUCAGCUUACAACCACAAACUUAUGUAAACUUAUCAAAAAUGUAUUUUAUUGAGAUUUGACUAACACAAAAUAACAUAUAACUGGGAAGUGGAACGAAAAUGAUGCAUAGAUUUAAAAAAAUUUAUGAAAUAUAAUUCGUGCAAAAGUAUUAAUCCCCCUAUAAUAUCAAUACUUGGUAGAGCCACCUUUUGCUGCAAUUACAACUGUGUUAACUGUAAGUGCUUUGGGGUUUGGUUUGUCUUUACCAGAAAAAAAAGAGACUAAAGAGAUUUUUGCCCCAUUCUUCUUUAGUUUCUUUAGUUUUUCACAUCUUGCCACAGAAGCUCUUUAAUAUUUAGAUUUUUUUUUUCUUUUUUUUUUCUUUUUUUUUUCAAAUUUCUUCCCAUUUUCGCACCCCAACCCAAUCACUCCCUAUCACUAGUGAUUCCCCAACACACCAGGAGGGUGAAGACUGAUACAUGCUUCCUCCGAUACAAGUGAAGUCAGCCACCGCUUCUUUUCGAGCUAACGCUCGGAGGAAAGCGCAGUGACUCGGUUCUGAUACAUCAGCUCACAGACGCCCUGUGCUGCAGACAUCACCCAAAGAAUGAUGUGGGGAGAGGGCGCCAUCUACUGUACUGCACCCACCCAGAAUGAGCAGGGCCAAUUGUGCUCCCUCUGAGCGCCGGCAGCUUGUUGGCAAAGCAUGCGCGCGGGGUUCAAACUUGCAACCUCCCGCUCAUAGUGGCAGGGCUUUAGACUGCUGGACCACUCUGCGCCCUUAGGUUAGGUAGAUUUUGACUGAGCCAUUCUAACACCUGAGCUGUGAAUCUCUGCAGCUCCUCCAGCGUGACCAUGAGCCUCUUGGCUGCUUCUAUAACCAGUGCUCUACUUGCUCGAUCUGUCAGUUUAGGUGGAUGGCCAUUUCUUGGUAGGUUUGCAGUUGUAGAAUACAUUUUUCUAUGAUUUUAUAAUGCAACCCUGCUUUAAACUUCUGUUUAAGUUUACUAGUGUUCUCAAAAAAAACACAGAGGCCUUCACAGAACAGCUGUAUUUAUACUGAGACUAAAUUACACACAGAUUUACUCUAUUUACUUAUUAAGUCACUUCUGAAGGCAGUUGAUUAAUUGCACUGAAUUUUAUUUAGUAGGGGGUUCAGAGUAAAGGGAGCUGAAUACUUUUGCACAUCAUAGCUUUUCAGAUUUUUAUUUGGUAAAAAUUUUGAAAACCAUGUAUCAUUUUCAUUUCACUUAUUCUAUUAUGUGCUACUUUGUGUUGUGUUUAUCACUUAAAAUCUCGAUGAAAUACAUGCAGGUUUGUGGUUGUAAGGUGACAACGUUUGGAAGAAGAACAGAGAUAUAAAUAUUACACAUUACAAUAUAUAAAACUCUCCCUGAAAUAAAUGAUUAUCAUUAUAUAAUAGUUAAUAAUGCAGCCAAAAGCUGGGUGGCACAGAUGACUGCCAACAGCAGAUUUGUCAGUUUAGCUUAGCUUUGAGCUUAGCUUUUGUUCAUUUAAUCCCAAAACCCUCCCAGUUAGAACGAUUUUAGACAUUUUAGACCAAUUUACAGACAUUACAGAACAGCCACUGCAGUACAAUGGAGCAUACAGUAUAUCGUCGCCGUCCAAUAAAAAAAAAAACAAGCAUCUCCAUUUUUUAGUUUACUAUAUAAUUUUAGAAAAAUUUAAUUAGAACUUUAAAAAGGUUUUAUUGCUCUAAAGUUGAUUUUUUUGGAGAUACGCAUUUUUUACUGGGCAGUGAAAAUAUAUAGGAUAUAAUUUUGUUACCUAGGUUUUCUGUGCUAAAUAAAGUUAGCAAAUUAAUAUUUGUAUUAAUGAGGAAUUAGUGAGGAAAGGGACGCUGGCUAUCUCAAUUCUCAUAUUAAUAUCUUUAUAUGUAUUUGUACUUCUUAGCAAAUACACUCAAAUAUAUAUUUAUUUGGUAUCUGAUUAUAUACAGCACAUGUAACGUCUUUAAUAACCUUUUCUAAACCAUGUAAAAGUCCCACAAUCAUGUUUCUGGUCCCUCCUUUAUCCAUUUUAUGGGUUUGGUUAAACUAUUAAUUCAAUUAUUUUUUUCCAUAUACAGUAGAUGCUUUGUGCUCUUUCUUUUUCUUUCUUUCUUUCUUUCU